UGUUGGAAGGAUGUGGUUUUUAUCUUAACUGAUGAAACAACAUGCUGAUCUGUCACCCGAUGAGCUCACCAGUAUCAAAGCUGUUACAGCAAACAUUUUGUAUGUUUGACGGGUUUUUGCGCAGUGUGCAGCCAGUGCUUGUUUCACGCAAAGAUCCAGAUUCUUGUAGAAACACCAUCCUUGAGAUUGAGAGGAGAGCACAGUCAGGCUGGCCUGCACAGAUACUCAUUUUUCCUGAAGGAACAUGUACAAACAGAUUGUGUCUCAUUACUUUCAUACAAGGUGCCUUUGUCCCAGGGGUCCCAGUACAGCCUGUUCUUAUCAGAUACCCAAAUAAGCUGGACACAGUCUCGUGGACAGGGCAAGGCCCAAAAUCGGCCAGACUACUGCUGCUUACACUCUGUCAGCUUUACACAACAGUGGAGAUUGAGUUUCUACCCCCUUGGACUCCUACAGAGAUCGAGAAAAAGAGUCCUACCAAGUUUGCUCAUUCAGUGAGAGCUGUCAUGGCAGAGUCGCUAGGCUUGCCGGUCACAGACCACACUUAUGAAGAUUGUCGUUUGAUGAUUGCAGCUAGACAAUUGACCCUGCCUACGGAAGCAGGCCUCGUGAAGUUUACCAAAAUCAGCAGGAAAUUGGAACUAAAAUGGGACAAUGUGAAGAAGGAGUUGCAGAGUUUUGCCAACAUAGCUUGUUCCUGCAAAGGUGGGAGAAUCACAAGUGAGGAGUUUGCCAUUUUCUUCAAACUGCCCAUCAGCCCAGCUCUGCUGGAGCUUUUCACUCUGUUUGACAGGGAUAGUGUGUCCAUAACUAAACCCUGGAAAAUGUGGAUGGCACCAUUGAUUUCAGAGAGUAUGUCAUUGGUGUUACUGUUCUGUGUCAAACAGCUAAUAAUGAGGAUGUUAUUCAGACUGCUUGUAAGCUGUUUGACAUUGAUGAAGAUAACUGUAUCACACAAGAGGAGUUUAGCAGUUUGCUACGUUCUGCACUUGGAGCGUGUGAUCUUGACGUCCACAGGCUCUUUACAGAGAUUGAUGCAGAUGGAUCAGGACAUAUAACUUAUGAUGAAUUCUGUUGCUUUGCUCUCACCCACCUUGAGUAUGCCAAACUUUUCACCAUCUACAUCAAGUUACAGCGAUACUAGGCUCUUCAGCGAGAGGAGCCUGACUGUAACACUGCUUUGUCUGAAUGCUGUACUGCUUUUCAUGAUGAUCACCAAGAGGACAGUCAGACCUCUGAUAAAAAAGAUGACUGACACAUCCAAAAAAGGUGAAGCAACAAAAUAUGGAGCAGAAGAAGAUGCAGCAUGUAGCCAUAAGUUUGAAAUUCUGUCUUGCCAUUUGAGGAGGUGCCUUAGGUCUGGAUAGAUGUUUUUUUUUUUUUUUUUUUUUUUA